AUGUCACCCCCCGAGGUCUCGUUCGUACACGUCUACCCAGGUUUCGUAAAGACGGGUCUUUCGCGCGAGCUUACUGGCAUCGGCCCCGCUAUCGCGAAGGUCGUUUUCGCGCCUGUCAUGGCGCUUCUGCAUAUACCUAUCGAUGAGACGGGCGAGCGCCAGAUCUACUUUGCGACUAGCGCACGCUUCCCGCCGCGCAGUGGCGGUGCUGAAGGCAUUGCUCUAGUCGAAGGGGUCGGGAGCGCAAUCGGUGCAGACGGAAAGCCUGGCGGUGGGGAUUACUUGAUAGACUAUGAAGCCGAAGGAACGAUCGAGAGGGUUCAAGCCCUUAUUAAGAACCUAGUCGAGGAUGGAACAGCCGAAAAGAUAUGGACGCACACCGAGGAAGAGUUUGUGCGAAUUACAGGUAGCACGGCAGUGUGA